AUGUCGCCACACCACGCCACGCUACACCACGCCACACCACGCUACACCACGCCACACCACGCUACGCCACGCCACACAACGCUAUGCCACGCUACGCCACGCCACGCCACGCUACGCCACGCAACGCAACGCUACGCCACCCCACGCUAUGCCACCCUACGCCACACCACACCACACCACGCCACACCAAGCCACGCUACGCCACACCACGCUACGCCGAACCACGCCAUGCCACACCACGCUACGCCACGCCACACAACGCUAUGCCACGCUACGCCACGCCACGCCACGCCACACCACGCCACGCCACGCAACGCAACGCUACGCCACCCCACGCUAUGCCACCCUACGCCACACCACACCACACCACGCCACACCAAGCCACGCUACGCCACACCACGCUACGCCGAACCACGCCAUGCCACACCACGCUAUGCCACGCCACACCAAGCCACGCUACGCCACGCCACCCCACGCUAUGCCACCCUACGCCACGCCACGCCACGCCACACCACGCAACGCAACGCUACGCCACCCCACGCUAUGCCACCCUACGCCACACCACACCACGCCACACCAAGCCACGCUACGCCACACCACGCUACGCCGAACCACGCCAUGCCACACCACGCUAUGCCACGCCACACCAAGCCACGCUACGCCACGCCACCCCACGCUAUGCCACCCUACGCCACGCCACACCACGCUAUGCCACGCUACGCCACGCCACACCACGCUACGCCGAACCACGCCAUGCCACACCACGAUAUGCCACGCCACACCAAGCCACGCUACGCCACGCUACGCCACGCUACGCCGAACCAUGCCAUGCCACACCACGCUAUGCCACGCCACACCACACCAUGCUACGCCACGCCACGCCACGCCACGCUAUGCCGAACCACGCCAUGCCACACCACGCUACACCACGCCACACCAAGCCACGCCACGCUAAGCCACUGUAUAAAGUAUCGUAUUGUUCCUUAUAUUGUCUUGUCUUGUCAUGCCACCCAACACCACUGCACGCCACGUCACGUCCAGUCUUGCCAAGUCACGCCACGCCACCCCCCGCCACGUCACACUACUGUAUAA